AUGCUAGGGUUGGUGAGAUACAAUGGUCGUGUACGGUUUCUGUUUCCAACAACAAGUUGGAUGUCGAGGAGAAGUGGAUCGAAUUCCUCCUCUUGGCUCGAUGAGUUAGAACCUGAACCGAAGUCAGAAGAUGCCAUAACUGAAGCAUUAACAAGCGCUAACUAUUCGAUCCAUACAGACAAAGUGAUUGGAGAUGAUUAUGAUGCUGCAAGCACGAUUGGACCAUUACAGGGUAUUGAUUUAGGGACCAAUGAAGCCGGAAUCAGCUCAACUCUUGUGCUGUUGAAAAACUAUUUCGGUGGGAAUGAACAUCACACACACCAGAUUUUUCUAGGAUCAAACAUAAAGUAUAAACAAGGGCGUAAGACUGAACAGCGGACUUUUGAAGACUUAAAGUUACUUAGACUUAAGAGUGGUAAUGGGGGGAACGGAUGUAUUUCCUUUUUCCGAGAUGCUUUCAGACCCGUGGGACCUCCAGAUGGUGGAGAUGGAGGUGAGGGUGGUAAUGUGUAUGUACAAGUUGUAGAGCAUGUUAACUCCUUACACCGUUUAAGACGAAGCUAUGUUGCUUCGAAUGGAUAUCCUGGAACUGGUAAGCAAUUGGAUGGGAAGAGAGGACAAGAUGUUAUUUUGGAGAUACCUGUUGGAACCACCAUGAGAUGGAUUCCUGAUCCUAUAAUACUCCGCAAGGUCUUACAGAGCACUGGUGCUAUAGAAGAUGUUAGUUUAGAAAUCAAGACUUCAGGAGAUGAAGUGCAAUUUGUUAGAGAGUCAUAUCCAGCAGGACAUGGUUGGAAGUUCACAGAGCACGAAGAAGAGUACUAUCGAGAGCGGGAUUUCUUCCAGGACUUGAAUAAGAAAGUCAUGGAAUACGACGAAGAGAUUAUUAAUGAUGAACUUUUCCAUGAUAAGUUCCCGCUUCUUGGGUUUGACUUUAGUCAGCCCACUAAGGAGCCUCUUUUGAUCUUAAGAGGUGGGAAAGGUGGUAUGGGGAACAUGCAUUUCUUAACCAAAGAUAUCAGAAACCCCAGAUUCUGUAAACAAGGACGAUCAGGUUUAACUGAGUUUUUCCUUUUGGAAUUGAAGUUGAUUGCUGAUUUAGGACUUGUUGGGCUUCCUAAUGCUGGGAAGUCAACCCUUCUUCGGGCCAUUUCCAAGGCCAGACCUCGUGUUGGGCAUUGGGAGUUCACAACUUUACAGCCUACCAUUGGGACUAUAUUCACUACCAUUGAUAAGGACCCUUUUACAGUGGCAGAUAUACCGGGUAUCAUCAAAGGUGCUUCAGAAAACAGAGGGAUGGGGUUAGAUUUCUUAAGGCACAUUGAAAGAUCUGGAGGACUUGUAUUCGUUGUCUCAUUGGAAUCAGAAGACCCUAUUAAAGAUUUGGACACUUUAAUUGAUGAAGUGGGAGAACAAAGAAUGGAAGAUAAAAGAAUUCUUGUGGUGGCAACCAAAGCCGAUCUAGCUGAAAACGGACAAUUGUAUCAUCAACUUAAAGACUAUGUUGAAGAUCGGCAGUGGAAGAUUGUGCCUGUGUGUGCAACACAGGGACAUAACAUCGAAAAGUGUAUUAAGAUGAUGAGUGAGACGGCACAAGGGUAA